AUGCCACUCACCUCAGCAGCCAUUGACAUUCCCACGUCCUACGAGACCCUAGAUCUCACUCACAUCAAGAUCUCCCACCACCCACCCGGAUCCCCAUCGGCAACUCCAGUCGUGGUUAUUACACUUAACAGACCGGAGAAACAUAAUGCUUUCACACCGGAUAUGGCAGAUAGUCUCACGCAGGCUUACCAAAUGUUUCAUAUAGACCCUCGUGUCAAGGUCGUUGUGUUGACUGGGGCUGGGAAGAUGUUCUGUGCUGGAAUGGAUCUUGAUAUUGGAUUUGGAGAUGGAGAGGGGAGGGCUGGUGAUUUCCGUGAUAUUGGUGGCCGGGUCACUUUGGCGAUGCAUCGAUGCCAUAAACCUACUAUCGUCGCUCUUCAGGGCUCUGCGGUGGGUGUGGGGAUGACAAUGACUCUGCCGGCGGCAGUGAGAAUCUGCCAUGAAAAAAGCAAAUACGGCUUCGUCUUCACCCGACGUGGACUCACUAUCGAAUCCUGCGCUUCAUACUUCCUCCCUCGCCUAAUUGGAUUCUCACGCGCAAUGCAUCUGAUCUCCACCGGUGGAGUGUUCCAACCUUUGCCCAAACACUUCGGCGAUCUAUUCACAGAAGUACUUCCAGACUCGGCGCUAGUGCUACCCAGAGCGCUGGAAACAGCCCAAGAUAUGGCGGAGAAUACUAGUCCGCUGGCAUCCUCGAUGAGUCGGGCUUUGAUGUGGGAGGGCCCGACUUCUCCCGAGGAGGCUCAUUUGCUUGAGUCGCGAGUGUUCCAUCAUAUGAUUGGUCAGAAGGACUACAAGGAGGGUGUCAACUCGUUCUUUGAGAAGCGCAAGCCCCAGUUUGAGACCGAUCCAAGAGAAAGUAGUGCGCCGAAUUAUCCAUGGUGGCCCGAGGCAAAUAUCGCCCUGGAGCCGAGUGUCUCGAAGGGGUCUAAACUGUAG